AUGGUGUUGGAUGCAUCCAAAACCAAAAUGGUGUUGGAUGCAUCCAAAACCAAAAUGGUGUUUGACACAUCCAAAACCAAAAUGGUGUUGGACACAUCCAAAACCAAAAUGGUGUUGGACACAUCCAAAACAAAAAUGGUGUUGGACACAUCGAAAACCAAAAUGGUGUUGGACGCAUCCAAACCAAAAUGGUGUUUGGACACAUCCAAAACCAAAAUGGUGUUGGACAUAUCCAAAACCAAAAUGGUGUUGGACACAUCCAAAACCAAAAUGAUGUUGGACACAUCCAAAACCAAAAUGGUGUUAGACACAUCCAAACCAAAAUGGUGUUGGAUGCAUCCAAAACCAAAAUGGUGUUGGACACAUCCAAAACCAAAAUGGUGUUGGACACAUCCAAAACCAAAAUGGUGUUGGCGCAUCCAAAACCAAAAUGGUGUUGGACACAUCCAAAACCAAAAUGGUGUUGGACACUUCCAAAACCAAAAUGGUGUUGCACGCAUCCAAAACCAAAAUGGUGUUGGACACAUCCAAAACCAAAAUGGUGUUGGACGCAUCCAAAACCAUUUUCAAAAACAUUAA